AUGGCGACAUCUUCUACUUUUCAAAAUAAAUUGAACGAUUUAGAGGCUAGAUUAAAGGCUGAAAAUGAUUCCCAGCGAAAGGAUCGUACGCCAAGGACACUUGACUUUGGUCGGACAAGCCCUUCAAGACCAACGCCAAGACCAGUGAUGCCGCCAAAUAUAGGCCAUGGCUAUGGCAAUUCCAGUGCCAGUGUCAGUAAUCAACCCUUCUCCUUCGGGACACCACCAAGAUCUGCCACAAAGCCAACAUCAUUGUCUUCUCCUGGAUCUGCAACAAAGCCGACAUCAUUAUCAUCAGUGGGUUCGUCAAUGUCUCCAGUUGGCAACAGACCUACAAGAAAACGCUUCACAUUGCCAAUGUCUCCACAGUUUAAACCACCAGACUGUGCUGACAUUGAUGAAAAGUAUCAAGAAAUCAUGAAACAGACAGGGAUGAUAGCAGUCAAUGGCCAGAAAUAUCCCACAGAUAUCUCUCAAUUGACCCCAAUGGGGGAACUGGGCCAUGGGACAUGUGGUCAAGUCGUGAAAAUGAGGCACGAACCAAGUGGCCAAAGUAUAGCUGUCAAGCAAAUGCGAAGAUCUGGUAACCGUGAAGAAAACAAAAGAAUAAUCAUGGAUUUAGAUGUGGUGUUAAAGUGUUCAGAUUGUCCCUUUAUUGUCAAAUGUACUGGUGCAUUCAUUACUCCUAGUGAUGUUUGGAUAUGUAUGGAGUUAAUGUCCACAUGUUUUGACAAAUUAAUCAAACGGUUAAGACAGCCAGUGCCCGAGAGAAUACUAGGAAAAACAUGUCUUUCAACACUAAAAGCAUUGAACUAUUUAAAAGAAGUCCAUGGUGUUAUACACAGGGAUAUAAAACCCUCCAAUAUUUUACUAGACGAAUUAGGUCGGAUAAAACUCUGUGAUUUUGGCAUCAGUGGUCGAUUGGUAGAUUCCAAGGCUAAAACAAGAAGUGCUGGCUGUGCAGCUUAUAUGGCGCCUGAAAGAAUAGAUCCACCAGAUCCGACAAAACCUGACUACGAUAUUAGAGCUGAUGUGUGGAGUCUGGGGAUCACACUGGUGGAGCUUGCCACUGGUGAAUUUCCAUAUAGAAAUUGUAAGACAGACUUCGAUGUGCUUACUAAAGUUCUGGAGGAGGACCCACCACUGCUACCCUCCAGGAUGGGAUUCUCCAUGGAUUUCUGUUCUCUUGUCAGGAAUUGUUUAACAAAAGACUUCAAAAAACGACCAAAGUAUAAAGAACUGCUGGAGCACAACUUUAUCAAAAGAUACGAGAUGUUGCACAUCGAUGUGUCCAAAUGGUACAAAGACAUAAGACAACGAAUAGAACUCCAAAAUGUUCCAUAUCAGCAGCCUUCUCUCGUCUAAUAGUUCAUAUUCCAAACACUUUGGGGCAGCACUGAAUACUAGUUUCAUGUCAGCACCGGGUUCAUUGUAGCCAGGGCUUGUGUUACAUACAUGUAGCAUAAACUUGUUCAUGAUCUUCAACCACAAAAGGCCUGAUGUCAAACUAGUGAUCAGUGCUGCCCACCUAUACAUAGCUUAGCCUUCAGACGCAUGUUUAUGUUUUGUGAAAGGCAGCAGGCCAUGAAAUGAUCAAAAUCUUGUCAACUAAUUUAUCAUUCAGGGAGAUAAUAGAAAUUCAGGUCAAAAUGUUGAAGGGAAACUUGCCUGUUGACUUUGUCUCCAAAGUUACAAUCCAGGUGGUAUUGAUGUUACUCCAACUGUAACAUGUUAUUAUUCCACCUCUUGCAAGUUCAACAGGUAAAUCUUUCUUUUUUUAAAUGCAGUUCCAUUAGACGGUUUUUGCUAAAUAUGCUAUUAUGAAACGAAAGUCGCAAAAUAUGUUGUAUGAAAUUUUUUUUUUCCGCAAGUCAUGUCCAUCUGUCAGGAUUCCAGAAACCAUGGUAGAAGAAUUUGUUUCAAUUAUUUUCUGUUGGGUUCUUAAUGCUACUUUUAACUCUGGUUGCUAAACUAUGUAAUAUUUCUCCACUUAAUUGUAUAGAAUGUGUACAGAAAUCACUGUUAUUAAUUUCAAAUGAUAUUGUACCAAAUUGUGGGUCGAACUAAAAGUUGUAUUCUCGAACACAGGAAGAGACAAAACUUUGCAAGAAGAAUUGAAUGAAAACCACCAGAAUUUGUUGAAAUUGAAUUAUCUUAUGCUGCUUACCCGUAGAUGUACAUUUCAUUUUGGUUGCUACAAAGUUUCAGUUCAGCAAUAGGUAAAUUGUAGUGAUAUAUUCAACAAUUAGUGGACUCUUAUAAAUUCCAGAUUAAUUCUACCUCCAGUUUGGCAGAUUUGUAAAACCCAUGAUUUGAAAGAUGAAUUUUUCUAAAUGUUCAUGCGAGGCCACAUGAAUUUUUGAAAAAAUUGACACGGAAGGUCACUCUUGUUCGUGGUGUGAAUAAUGCCCAAAGUGUUCAUGCAGUGAUACAUUGUUAUUUCAAAGAAAUGUGCCACCUAUGAAAGAGAAGAGGAACUAUUAUCUUAAAAAAAGCUAUGUUGGCCUACAUUUGAUAUUUUAGAGAGGGAACGUUUUCUCACAUAUCUUGUCCUUCAAAGGAAAACUAUAUGCAAGAGCCAAGUGGGCCAGAUUAAGUUGGAAAAAGUGGCAGGAAGUGGCUCUUCUGUUUCUCAGUACAUUGGUGUUAUUCUCAUGUGCUCAAGGAACAUUAUUUUGUCACAUGGUCAUUGGCCGAUCGACUGUACUGAAGACCACCAGUUAGACCUCCUAGCUCUUGCCUAUAUUCCCCCUUUAAGUACAACUACAGGUAUUAUGUAGUUGUUGGUAAUUCAUCAGGUUCAAACCUAUUCUGCUUAUGCAGCAAAUCAAAAAUAUUAGAAACGUGAAGAUUCCAUUGUGGUCAUUUUAAGAAUAAUGUCAAUUCCUUGUUUUAUGGGAAAAAAAUGUUCAUGUAAAGUAACUUGUACAUGGAACUGUAUGUAAUA